UAAGAGCCUUUUUAUAAUUAUCUUGGAUAAACCUUAUGUGAGUCGUUAAGUUAUCUCUUAUAGGUAAAAUUGGUUAAUUUAGGUCAAAUAAUUUUAAUGAUCUUGAUUUGUCUGGGUUAUUCUAUUUGAAUUUGUGUUUUUUUUAUGUUUUUUACACCAAAAAUAAAAGAUAUUUAAGAAUAACUGCUAGUAAAAAUGUACAAUAUCAAAUUUUUAAAUUAUUUUUUUACACCCCAUGGGCAGCAUAUUUGUAAAACAAUAAAUAGUUUUUGCCUUAUUUUCAGUUUUGUAAGACAGAAGUAAAGUGUGUAAGUAGGUCAUGGUUAUGUCAUCAUAUUGAAAUGUAGGACUUUCUUUUUACAUGGUCUGAGUGAAAGUAAAAGUUAAAAUGAACUAAUAUGCUCUAAACUAUAAAGUAUUACAUGUUACUAGGUUUCUGGAUUUUGCAACGCUCUGUUUGUUUAAUCACCGCUUUUUAUCCUCAUAAAUUCGUAUUGUAUACAUACAUGUAUAUGUAUAUGUUUAUCUUUUGAAGAGCUUUUUUAUGUACCUUAUAAAUUGUUUUAUUUAUGACGAUAACAUUGAAACAGUCCAACUGACUGAACAAAAUGUUAACCCUGGACAAGAAAAGACAGGGCCCCAUGACUUUGAACUUAGGAAAGUACUGGGGAAAGGGGGCUAUGGCAAAGUAUUUCAGGUGCGUAAAGUUACUGGUCAAGAUGCCGGGACAAUAUUUGCAAUGAAAGUUCUUCGUAAAGCUUCCAUAGUUAGAAAUCAAAAAGACACAGCACACACCAAGGCUGAACGCAAUAUUUUAGAAGAAGUUAAGCACCCUUUCAUAGUGGACUUAAAAUAUGCCUUCCAAACUGGAGGCAAACUGUAUCUAAUUUUAGAAUAUUUAAGUGGAGGCGAGCUUUUCAUGCAUUUGGAACGUGAAGGAAUAUUUUUAGAAGAUACUGCAUGCUUUUACUUAUCCGAAAUUAUUCUAGCACUAGAGCACUUGCAUUUACAGGGAAUUAUUUACAGAGAUUUAAAGCCUGAAAAUAUUUUACUAGAUGCUUUCGGACACGUUAAAUUGACCGAUUUUGGUCUCUGUAAGGAACACAUUCAAGAAGGAAUUGUUACACACACAUUUUGCGGUACUAUAGAAUACAUGGCCCCUGAAAUAUUAACGAGAAGUGGCCAUGGUAAAGAAGUCGACUGGUGGUCAUUAGGUGCUCUUAUGUAUGAUAUGUUAACAGGGGCUCCGCCUUUUACUGCGGAAAACCGCAAAAGAACGAUAGAAAAAAUCCUUAAAGGCAAGCUGAUACUGCCCCAAUAUUUAACUGCCGAUGCCAGGGAUUUGAUAAGGAAAUUGCUCAAGAGACAGGUGCUGGCUAGGUUGGGGUCUUCUCCCGGGGACGCGGAUGGCAUCAAACAGCACCAGUUUUUUAAGCACAUCAACUGGAAUGAUGUGCUAACAAGAAAACUGGAACCGCCCUUUAAGCCGAGUCUAGCCAGCGAAGAUGACGUUUCGCAAUUCGAUACCAAAUUCACCAAACAAACACCUAUUGAUUCACCAGAUGAAUCUACUCUUAGCGAAAGUGCCAAUAUGAUAUUUCAGGGAUUUACUUAUAUUGCACCGUCGGUGCUUGAAGAUAUGUACAAACCACAUAUAGUAAAGGCGAGAUCUCCCCGUAAGCCCGGCAGUACACCCCUGCGUCAUCAACCCGUGCCUUUUCACCACCCCUUUCAGAAUUCCCAUCACAUAGGUUCUAUGAGGCAUUACAACUCGCAGCAACGUCCCACCGGGCCUAACAAUUGUACAGAUGAAGUGAUGGAAGUGAGCAGCAUACCUCAAGUAUAGUAGUUAGCCAAUUGUUAGCAUAAUUUUUACCACAAAUGAAUUUUUAGAACAAAAAAAGGAAAAAUAAUUAUAAAAGGAAAUACCUAUGAUUUACAAUUUAGCAUAUACUUAUUUAAACGGAUCGUUUUUUUGUUCUUAUUUUUGUAAUUGUUACCAAAUUGGAAGUGUAUAUACAUUAUAUUAUAACUGAAGUUGUACUAAGUCUUUUUUAUAUUUAAUAUUAAACGCUUAUGUGUGUACUAGAAGUGAAUUUUAAAUAAACUUGCUGAGGGUG